GAUGGCAUUCGACCAUUUGCGGAUGUGUGGUCGACGUUGCCGGUCGUUGUCGUGUGUCCGGUUGUAAUGUAGCUGUGUGAUUAGUGGCGUAACGCGGGAGAUAAUAUUUUGUUAUUUUUGUGAUUAUUUGUUUUUUUGUUUUUAAAUUAAUUUUCCGCGUGAGUUUGUUAAACAAUUGAAUAUCGCCCGUUGUUCACGCGUAUUAUUGAAUACUGCGUGUAAACACGAUUAACAGUGUUUGUGUCGAUUGUCAUUGUCUUUGGAGUAACGACGAGAAAUCGUUAUUUCCAUCGUUGAGUGUCGUUGACGACCGUCGGUUGUAUUAGAUCGCAAAACGCGCGUGUUAUCCUGUAUUGCCGCCGUCGGCAUGAAGGAGGUGGUGUCCGUUAAUUUGACGACGCCGCCGCCGUCACAGCCGCAGCUGAUAAGGGCCAAACAACCGGGAUACCUGGAUUUGACGACCGAACAGGUGGACAGACUGAUCAGCAAGGAGCCCAUCGACAAGGAUUACGAGGUGGAGAUUGAACCCUUUGCCAGAGGCAAGUAUGCGACCGUCAGAAGGUGCAGAAACAGAAAAACAGGUAAACAGUAUGCGGCAAAGUUCCUCAGGAAACGGCGGCGGAAUGCUGAUUUGCGACCCGAAAUCCUUCACGAGGUGGCUGUGCUCGAGGCGUGCACAUUCAACAGUCGCAUAGUCAAUCUAUACAAAGUGUUCGAAACGACUACAGAAAUGAUCUUAUUACUAGAAAUGGCACCUGGAGGAGAGUUACAAAUGGUACUCGAUAGGGACGAAGUGCCGUCCGAGAUAGAAGUUGCUCGACUCAUGCAACAAAUACUCGAUGGUUUAAACUACUUGCACACCAUAAAUGUGGCGCAUUUAGACAUCAAGCCUCAAAAUUUAGUAUUGACUGCCGACUUUCCAAACUGUGAUGUUAAACUUUGUGAUUUCGGCAUAUCCAGGUACCUGAGCGAAGGGGUUGAUGUCCGAGAAAUCCUCGGCACGCCCGAUUAUGUGGCACCGGAAGUGCUCAACUACGAACCGAUAGACGUGCAAACCGACAUGUGGUCUAUUGGCGUUUUAAUGUAUGUCCUGUUGACCGGAUGUUCACCGUUUGGCGGUGAUACCAAACAGGAGACGUUUUGCAAUAUAUCACAGUGUAAACUCGAUUUCCCUGAAGAUCUAUUUCAGGACAUAUCUGAGGAUGCAAUUGAUCUCAUGAAAAAGCUGAUGGUGAAAAACCCUAGGAAUCGCCUCACCGCCAAAGAAUGCUUGGCUCAUUCAUGGUUUCAAAGAAUGUCGACAACAAUGUCCCGAAUCCCGUCAUUUAGAGAGAAUACAACUGAUACCAAGCCGAUGAAGACUCCUAAAAAAGUGGACGAAACCGACACGAUUACUGUAGUGAAACAAAUCCCACAAAUGUUGUUGUCCAAGAGCUGCGACAAUUCGCCCAGACCGGCGAUGAGCAUGUCCAGGCAAAAGUCGUUUAGAGACAACAUGGAGACGUUAGUGAAACGACUGGAACACGAGUUGAAUACCGAAAGCUGUACAAUUGGGAAAACCGAAGACGCUGCUGCCUACACGAACAACAACGCCACAACGUGUCGGACGUUGAGCCGAGCGAACGGCACACAGACUAUGCCUGUGGGCCUGACCAAAGACAUUGCGCCGUUUACAUUUCGGAGAGUGUACGUCGUGGACGAACCUCCGCAGGAGUAUCGACCUCGCGCGCCCUCCGUGUCGUCCACACCCAACAGCAGCAGCGCAGACAACUCGUCUAUUAGCGACUGUAGCAGCGAUACCGUCAGCGAGUUCUCCAUAGACUCGAGCAGUGACCGUUCGAGUAUCAUAUCGCUAGAAGAUUCGUUGGACGCUUGGUGCAGACCUUUGAGUCAGCAAACGAACAGAAUGGGGAAAAUGUCCACUUCGUGUUUCAACGUGUGGGAUGCUGCGGCGUCUCGAAGGAAAUGGCCAAAAGAAUGCAGUGGUGCCGUAGCCCGAGCCAUGUCUCAGUUUGCCAGUGGCGACUGUAAAGCGGAGUCCAGGCUCAAAGUGUUUGACACACGGAACGAGAUCAAAGACAAACGUUGUGUUGGUCUGGAAUUAAUGCGAGAAAGAAAUGGAAAUGUGGUAGUGAUACGCGAGAUCAAAGCCAACAGCGGAAGCAGGUAUGCCAGGUGCAGUGAAGUAAAAUGCGAGUCGGUGCAGUCGAGGAUUCGGAGGCUCCAAGUACACAACGCAGUGCAGAUGGAGAAAUCCAACAUUUUCUGACCUGCACACUACUCGGUCCUCUGUGCUAUCCAUGGCGACUUGUCGCUGCAUCUAGUCCAAUUGCAUCAGUCUUGUGUUUUUACUGUCUCAUACAAACAUUAUUUUAUUACUACUAUUAUUACUAUUAUUGUUUUAUUGUCAAAUUCCACAGAAAAUGUCAAUGUGAAAAAAACAAAUUAUUUAUAUUUUGUUUAGUGCUGUUACUUCAUUAAAAAAAAAAACACAAAUAUUAAAUUAUUAGUUUAUGGUUUGUUCGACUUACGCUGCAGGUAUAUUGUACCCAGAAGUGAAUUUGAAAUGUUUUUAAAUGUCAUACAUUUAAAGAUGAUUUUCUAACUGAAAAGAAUCUUUUAAAGACAUUUGAAAAUAAAUGUGACGUCUAAAGUCACAUGUGUGUGACUAACACGUGUGUGUUUCUUUUUAAUAUUUAAAAAGUAA